AUCGGAGUCGGAUCGGAGUCGACUCCGCAUUUUUGCCAACUUUACCCAUCACUACUCUGCACGACUCAGACUUUGGAAGACUCAGACUCCGGAUCACUCAGACUCUGGACGAUUGCUACUCUAACGAAGACUCUAACUCCGACUGACUCCGGACGUAUACGACUUCGGACGACUCAGACACUGAAGGAUGCAGACUCCGGACAAUUCAGACCCCGAACGACUCAGACUCCGGACGACUAGUCACAUCGGAGUCGUGUGUACACUCCAGAGACCACAUCACUACAAACACGAUUUGAAUCGAUGUUUAGUUAGUGGGGUAUGUAAUUCACCCUAAGACUGUGGGACACUUAAACUAUCUUUAGCCAAUGCUUAGCAUGACAGCGGCACAAUGCUUAACGAUACCCGGGCCUGUGAAACUUGAAUCCAUGCCGGUGGCACACUUUCUCGAUGUGUCAAAAUCGUUUGUCCAAUUUUUUUGAGCCAGAUGAAGUACGUCAUCGUCAAAGAUUCAUGCAUCUUUAGAGAUAAGUUAGCUUUUAGAUAUUAGAUUCGAUUAUAGGAAUGAAUUUCAAAAGAUUCAUUAGGCACAACACUAUUUGGAUGAUUGAUUCUAAAUUGUGCGUUAUGAUUUCAUUGAACUGUUGUUAAGUUUAAUAUCAUAUCAUUACUAAUUGUGAUACAGGUUUAUCUUUAUAGGCGAGCAAUAAGAAACAAAAAGUUUGAAUUAUUGCCAUUUCAAAUGUUGUGGUUUUACAAGUGAGUCGCUCCAAAAAGGGUUCAUCACUGUGGUUACCUGACCUGACCUGAUUCGCCAAACUCCUCUUUCCCUCGACUGUUACGACGUGACACACCCCACUACAAAGAGCCCGCUGCAACUGCUGAUGGUUGUCCGUAUAAGUGUGUGUGUGUGCUCACAAACUGCACAUCGGUUGCGAGUUUGUUGGUCAAUUUAUUCUAGAAAGGUUCACCUUCCUUCACCGGACCAUAUGCGCGGCACACACGCUUCCUGGUACGUAUACUGCGCUGCUCCCGGCUCGCGAAACCAUUUUACCGCGUUCCAGUGCCAAAGUGUCGAUAUAUUCUUGGGGCACCAGUCGCGACGCCAAAAACCAAGCGCAACGAUGGGCCAGCUGAGCAAACACUUCCAGCUGGUAACGGUGGACAAAACGUGCCGCGAGAUGCUGCAUCCCGAUCAAACCUGCGCCGCCGCCUGGUGCACCUUCCUCGUCGAGGGUGUGCUGGGCGGGUUGCGCCACUACCUGCCAGCGGUUGUCACGCCGAUGCUGUUCCGCAUCCGCCAGUGGUCCGAUCCGGAGGUGUGGCGCAACUUUUUCUGGCAGUACGCGCGCUGCAUCCUGGCCGGACUGCCCAUGACGGGCGGCAGCUUCCUCGCCUUCUGUCUGUUCUACAAAUGUAUGGGUCGCUUUCCGGCGGCCUGGUUCGUGUUGGUACCGUCGCUGGCUGGCGGGCUGACGGCACGCUACUUGCCGCGCCACAUCGUUCGUGCCCAGGGCAUUGGUCUCUUCAAUAUGUACAUCGAGUUCCUGAUCCGGCGGGCGCACAGUCCGCUCGUGGCCCACCUGCGCACCUCCCGGCCGUACGCGACCGCCAUCUUCGCCGCGCUCAGUGCGGGCAUUAUGGCGGCCCGCCAAUGGUUGCAGCUGGACCGGUUCUGGUUUGCCAGCACCUACCCAGAUGACCAUUGCGCCCGCCAGCACGUCAACCCAGCUGACCCAAGUCAGGCGUCCUCCAGCACCUGCCGGCAGCACAUCGUAACGGCCAUGAUGCGCUCGGUCUACAUCGGUCUCGCGAUCAGCCUGGUAAAGAACUUCCUGCCCCGCAUGCCGAUGCUGCUGACCGAUCCGGUCGCGCUGGGCAAACUGCUGCUGACCCGGUUCGAUCUCGGCCUGUUCGGCUUCAUCACCUGCUACAAAACGAUCUACGAAGCGGUCAACUGCGGGCUGGCCGCCCGACGUCCCUCGCCGAUCGUGCGCAGUGCCGCCGGCGGGCUGUGCGCCGGCCUAGCCUACUACUGCUUUCCGAACUAUCUGCUGUUCACCUUCUCCCUGACCGAGCUGGCCGAGCUCGGCUGGCUGGCGUACAUGCGGUCGGAGCGGUUCCGCAAGCCGCCCGCCGUCCGCUGGCUGGACGGCCGGCUGCCCGUCUCGAUACUGCUGUACACGGCCAGCCUGGGCCUGCUGUGCCAUCUGCGGAUCGUCUACCCGUACCACAUCAACCGCUACUGGCACAAGCUGAUGGCGAACGGGACGUCGGGCCGGUCGGACGCGCUCGCCCGCAAUUACGCCCGCAUCCUGCUCGCACAGUAGUUUCACUGGCGUUCCCGUUGGCGUGCCGGCGUUGUGAUGCAGCUUUAUUGGAUUUUGGAUUUCAUUCUUUUACGGUGGAAAGUAUCCAAAUCCAUCGUUACAAUACUUGCUGCUACAAAAAAAAAACUGCGAGCAAAACUGAUACGCAAAAUAAUGGAAUAUCGCUUUCAUGUCUCUCA